UUCGUUCCCACGCUGCUGCCGUUUGGAUUUGACGAUCUGACCCCGAGUUUGUUUUGCACCUGGCUCUUCUUGACUUGUCUCUGCAGCAGCUGACGUUUAUUGUUCAGUCUGACAUCAAGAAAAAUCACAUUUUCACACAAAUUCUGCAGCAGGUGCUAUAGAGUGCGCAGUUCGUCUCCCUCUGCAAGUACAGGACAACAUGAUUUGGAUCCUGAUUAUGACCUCUUCUGUCUAUGGCAUAGACUGUAUAGGCAUGUUAGCUGUAAAAGGAGCUCCGACCCUCUAUCAGGCCGAAGAGAACAAUAACAUCACUAUAAAAUGGGCCAGUCAGAACGAAACUGGCAUGACUCACACCAACCUCCAUUGUGUUCUCCAGUCAAAGCCUGUUAAGAUUUUGUAUGAGAUAACAAAUGGUGUUGAGGUCUCAGAGUCUCAGGAUAAACAGUUUGCAGGACGGGUGCAGUUUGACGAAGACGCUCUCAGAGAAGGACAACUCAGACUUCAUCUGUCCAGAGUCACAACUGAUGACUCUGGAAAGUACCAGUGUAAUCUGACUGCUAAUUAUGACAAGAUCACGAAGAGCUGGGGGCUCGAGGCCUCUGUACAUUUAAUCUUGGAUGUGAUCCAAACCUCUCAUGGGAAUAACAGUGAUGUGUCCACCAGCACACCUUGGGAAGCAGCUAAUGUGGUUGCAAAACACCAUCGAGGAGUUCCAAAGCAGCGACAUGGUAGAUCCUAUUAUCUGACCGUAGUUGGACCAGCUCUAGCAGCUGUGGCUCUGGCAGCUCUAGUAGUUUAUGGUCUAUAUCUGGCAACUCCAGCUGUGAAACCUCUGGUAAUAAUUGUAAAUCGACAUCGACAUCGACAUCAACAUCGACAUCAUCAACACGAAGGCACUUCCCCCAAAUUUGAGCGCCUCAACUCCAAACUGCUACAAGUGUGAACGGACAUGGCACAAAAGAUCAGACCGUGGGACUCCUGCUCCAUUAACAUCCUCACACUAAUGGCUUCAAUCACAGCAGGUGUCAGAAGACGGCAAAUGAUUUCGGACCUCCACUGAGUAUCAGCAACAAGAAUUGAUUAAACUCUGUCUCAGCUUUUAGGCGCCUUCCACAACUGAGGUGGGAAUGUAUUGUAUUGUGUAAGUGGACAUGCUCUGCUUUUUGUGAUCACCUUGUGCACAAAUCAGCUUGUUUAGUGAUAGUUAUGGCAACUACAAAUCAUGUUAAUAAUGUAAUCAUCGUACUUAUCAUUUAGGUCUUACACUUUUUCACCAUAGAAACAUCAAGAUAAUGUACUUUAAGCCAAGGUGCUCAUACGCUAUUUAACACAUUAUGUAACUUUGCACCAAAGAUCAUGUUUUUAGUCUGUUUGGUCGAAUGGCCUCCUCAUGAAUCACCCAACUUUGAGAAACAAUGUGAAGUAGGCUGUGUGAACCAGUCAGGACCAAGACCUUAGACUUGAGUUGACUAUAGCAACCCGUAGCAACAGUUCAACAGCCAAUAGUGACUGACCAAAAAAAGUGUUAAUACUGUUUUUUGGUAAAAACUUAAAACACAAACAUAAUUGUUAAGAGAGUCAAGACUCACAGUAGUUAAGAUUCCACAUUUUGUUAUUUAAGUUUCAUUUUACAACUCAGUUAUACAAUGUGCCUGGUCCUUUUCUAGCCUUUCAAUAAUUCAACUAAAUACAACUUGCAGAGACUUAAAACACAAGUAAACAUAGUAAGUAAAAUAUUCUGGUUUACACAAAUCAAGACUUCAAGAUUGAAGUCUAUACAAAUUUUUGUAACACUGUGACUGACAAAACUGAAAAGGAACAUUUUCAAACUUGAGCUCCAAACCAACACUUUUAUUUUUUUGCAUGUUUGACCAAUGUGACACUAUUCUUAAAAGCUUGUAUUUUGUAUUGUUUUCCUACUCUAUAUUGUUGUAUCUAUACCAAUCAGCCAAAACUUUAGAACCACCUGCCUAACAUUGUGUAAGCCCCAAAACAGCUCUAACCCAUUGAUGCAUGGACUCCAAUAGCCUUUUGAAGAUGUGCUCUGAUAUCCAGCACCAAGACAUUAGCAACAGAUCAUUUAAGUCAAAUAAGUUGUGAGGUGGGGCCUCCAUGGAUCUGACCUGUUUCCCAGCAUAUCCCACAGGUGCUCAAUUGGAUUGAGACCUCAUGAACUUGGAGGCCAAGGUGUAACACCUUUGAACUCAACUAAAACCAUUCCUGAACAAUCUUUGCAGUGUGGCAAUGUGUAAUCCUGCUGAAGGAGGCCACUGUUAUCAGGGACUUCUGUCAUCAUGGAGGGGUGUACGUAGUCUGUUUAUGUAGGUGGUACAUGUCAAAGCAACAUCCACAUUAAUGCCAGGACCCAACAUUUCCCAGCAGAACAUUGUUCAGAGCAUCACACUGCCUCCACUGACUUGCCUUCUUCCCAUAGUGACUAUAACUUCCCAUAACCCUUUCCCAGGGUCAUCAGUUGUCCUACCUUGGACCCUCUUGGUAGGUACUGACCACUACAUACCAGGAGUUGCUCUGACCCAUUUAUCUAGCCAUCACAAUUUGACCCUCAGAUCCUCACAUAUGCCCAUUUUUCCUGCUUCUAACACGUUAACUUCUAAAAUGUAGUGGAGCGGAAGUAUAAAGAAGUAUAAUGGGAUAGUACAAGUAUUUCAAAAUUGAACUUAAGUGCAGUACUUGAGUAAAAUGUACUUUACACCACUGCAUAUAUUCAACAAGUAAAUGGUCUGUUUCAUCUUAAACACUACAUUCAAAGUAGAUUUCACUUUCUUUUCAACAUUUGACCUGACUGAUUUAAUCAUAUGUAAUGAAUCACUGAAUGAAUGUGGUCAUAGGCACUGGGAGUCUUGUGUACAAUAUAAGAUUAUGUAUGUAUAAUGCUAAGGUUAUCAUGAAGAUAUUAUAUUCAUUUCAACCAGAAUAAAGUUAUG